CACACCACAGGUGCCUUUAAAACUUGAAGGAGACCUCUAUACCAACACAAGAUGAGGUUUUUGAUUGUUGCUGCUACUGUUCUGGCUGUGGUGAAUGCUGCCAGUCUUUCUCUGGAAGACUUAGAGUUUCAUGGAUGGAAACUGAAAUUAGGUAAGAGAUAUAGUUCUGUGAAGGAGGAGGUGCAACGUAAGUUGACCUGGUUGACCAAUCGCAAACUGGUUUUGGUUCACAACAUUCUGGCAGACCAGGGCAUCAAAUCCUACAGACUUGGCAUGACAUACUUUUCUGAUAUGGACAAUGAGGAGUACAGACGGGUGUUCCGGGGAUGCCUGGGCUCCUUCAAUACGUCUAAGGCCCGUGGUGGAGCUACAUUUGUCCAGCAGGCAAAUGGCAUUGUGCUGCCUGAUUCUGUGGACUGGAGGGACAAGGGCUAUGUGACCAAUGUUAAGGACCAGAAAGAUUGUGGGUCAUGCUGGGCCUUCAGUGCAACUGGUUCUCUGGAGGGUCAGACAUUCAGAAAGACAGGCAAACUGUUGUCUUUGAGUGAGCAGCAGCUGGUGGACUGCUCUGGUGAUUAUGGGAACAUGGGCUGUAAUGGAGGACUAAUGGAUCAGGCCUUCCAGUACACUGAAGCCAAUAAAGGUCUGGAUACAGAGGACUCCUAUCCUUAUGAUGCCCACGAUGGUCAGUGCCGUUUUAACCCGAGUACUGUGGGUGCCACUUGCACAGGAUAUGUACGUGUUUCCAGACAGGAUGAAAGUGAACUACAGAGAGCUGUUGCCACGAUCGGCCCCAUAUCUGUUGCCAUAGAUGCUGGGCACAUUAGCUUUCAGCUCUAUGAAUCAGGUAUCUAUGAUGAGCCUUACUGCAGCAGCACUGAUUUGGAUCAUGGUGUCCUGGCCGUUGGUUAUGGAACUGAUGCUGGAAAAGACUACUGGCUGGUCAAGAACAGCUGGGGCCUGAACUGGGGUGACAAGGGCUACAUAAAGAUGUCUAGGAACAGCAGAAACCAAUGUGGUAUUGCAACUGCUGCCAGUUACCCUCUAGUCUAAUGGCUCAGGAAAAGGCCACGUGGUAUUGGAGCAGUGGGGAGAAAGGAGAUCUGAACCGUUUGAAUGAUUCUUCAGUAAUACCUCAUGAUCAUUUUACUUGAUUUUUUUUUACUUGUUGUUCAGUGUUUAUAUUUUCCAAACCUUGAAUUAGAGAACACGAUGUUAAUGUCAAAUAAUAAAUACCAAAUUCUGAGAAUGAAUAAAUGUAUGUGGUGCUUCUUUUGUGGUGUUGUACAGUAUAUAUAAGUCUUUGAAUAAAAUUGAAAUAAAUGAUUAGCACAAAAAUCUACUGUAGCUAUGAAGGCCUAUGUGUUCUGACUGUAGCCCCCAUCCCCCUCACACUUCUCUGUCUCUCUCUUUUUAUUUACUUGACUCAGACUUGUCCAUGUAAUAAAUUAAUUUAAGGUGUUUUAAUGUUGUCAGUGGUUGUGAAGGAGCAUGAAUCAGUCAUUGCAAUUUUGACUUUCAUAUCUGACAUAGACAAUGGAUUUCUGGGAAGUUGUCCAUGAAAAAUAGUCCCUGCUGUGACAUGACUAUUUUAUGCAUAUAUUAAUUAUUUAUGGGUGGUUAUUAUAAGGAGCUUUUAUAUAACCUCAAAAAGGUGUAAUCCUUCAUAAUGUUUUAAAAAAACAUGCCUGUGACAUAAAUCUACCCUCCUAAUGAUAUGACACAAGGCUCACUCUGUCCCUCUAUUUUGUGCUUAUGCAAAAAAAAAAGAAAAAGAAAAAAAAAGAUAUUGUAUUUCUAAAUUCAUUAAAACAGUAGGAGCUUUUA